AGAGAAUGUACGUUCGUAUAUUGGAGAAAAAGAAAGCGCAGAAUUCGAGAGCGUGGAAAAUUUUCCACUUUUAGUAAGAUUUGCGCAUAAAUGAUGACAGACGAGCGGAAUUUUCGUUCGUCAUACUAUGAAAAGGUUGGCUUUCGUAGCGUCGAAGAGAAAAAGUCUCUGGAGAUAUUAUUGAAAGAGCGCCCGUUUGACAAGACAAAACUGAAACAAUUUUGUUUAAGGUUCACUGUACCUGCUAUGUACAGGAACUUCUUGUGGAAGGUGUUGCUCGAUGUUAUACCUGUUUAUGUAGAUAGCCAUGAAUUUAUAAUGGCUCAACGUACGGCGGAAUUUCAAGAUUUACAGAGAGCAUUAAAAAUUGCAAAAAUCAUAGACGAUUAUACAAAACCCAAUUUGGUAUUUUUAGCAAUGUGGUUGUUACGUACAAGAAGAGCAAAAGUUGAUAUAACUGCUCAGUUGGAAUCACCAUUACACAGAGCAAUGAGUAAAAUGGCAGAGACAUUAUGGCAUGUGAUCGAUAUUGAAUCGGAACAAGAGAAAUUAGUGGAUAUAUAUUGGAUAUUAUCUGGACUCUUUAUACAAGUUGAAAAGUUGCAAAAAGAAGUGACAAGAUUACAAGAGUGUACAUAUUCUUUGUUGGAAAGAGAGGACAUAGAAUUACAUAAGCAUCUUGUUAAAAUUGAUGCCCUUUAUAAUCUUCCAUACGAUACAUGGUUUUAUUCCUGUUUUGCUGGUGUAAUAUGCAAUGGAUCUAUUGCUAAAAUAUGGGAUAAAAUAACAGUCGGCGCGUAUCGAAUUUUAGUGUUUGUCGCUGUGGUUACAUUAACCACCUUAAGACGGCUACUCUUAAGAUGUGAGAGUACAGAUAAUGUAUUAGAUACUAUUAAUAAUAUAACAGAAGAAACGUCAGAAAUGAUAGUCAAUAAAGCAAUUGAAUCAAUGCAACAAAGUGGAACAACACAACAAGUUGAUAUGUAUUUUACAAAACACAGUUAAUAUCCUAUGCCAUAAUAAUAUAAAAAUAUGUUGUGUGAUUAAUGUCAUACAUAUGUUGUAUACAUAACACACACUUACUAUCAA